UCUCGAUCUUCUUUCUAAGGACAUUAACUGGGUCCUACUCAUGCCGCUAUCCUCUUUCAAGCGGUAGGCGGGCCACUGCUUGAUUGACAGCUUACAAUCUGCUUGUCUUUUUCCUCCAUUCCUAUUGUUCAAAAGUGUCUCAGAGCCGUUCACCAUGUCGUACCCAUCACCCUCCGCCUCCAACCCGUCACUCGCUACGUCGGCCUAUAUGGUCUCCUCUGUAGACAACUUCUCAGAUGAUGAAGUCGCCUCUCUUCCCUCAGAAUCUGCCUCUUCCUCGGACCUAGAUACCUUCUCAGAUGACUACUCUGACGCCGAGGAGGAAUGGCGGGAAAGCAUUGAGCAGUUGGAGCUCCUCUUGACUAUGGUCGUCGUGCCCUUCGUGGGGAAGUACCUGGGAAGGAAGUGUGCCUACUGGAGCUGGACCAGAUUCAUGGAGUGGAAAUACCCUGUUGAGGUUGUCGUCAAAAACCAGGCGGCAUUUAAGGGAGCAGGCGCCGUUGCAGCUCUUGCUUCGCUAUAAUUCGGACCAAGCCGUAUGCAUGACCCUAUACUAGAUUUCCUUGGCGUCGAUAGACAUAUACAUGGCAACAGUACCAUCACAUUCCGCCAGCCUUAGCUCUUUCUUGUGUCAGGUAAAGCAACUUCGUGCUUACAUUUCGUAUGGUUGAUCGGUCUUGGGAGACGCAGCUAUAUGUUGUCUAGCCUGUGUAUGCAACCACAAGUCCGCGUGUCAAUGCUGGUUGAUCCCACGGUGCCAAGGGACAGGUACGCCUUUUUAGAACAAGCAGCUGAUGA